AUGACAUGUAAUCGGGUAUUAUCAUUAUUGAUGGCUGGUGUGAUUAUUGAUUUAUGUUUCAACAUACCUAUCGGUGAUGAUAAGCUUUUUGUAGAACUCCCAGCAACCGUUUGCUUGGUAUAUAUUUUGUGUUUUUAUCCUACCGUUACUUCCCAAUUAGCAACGAUGUCUUCACUACUACCGAUCAAAUUUCAAGAACAUGUAUUGUUGCAAAGUUUGGGUAUAAAUGCAGCAAACAUCGGAUUUGCAACAUUAACGAUGGAAUCGGAUAAAUUUAUUGUUGUGAGGGAAAAAGUUGGUGAGAAUGCUCAAGUUGUCAUUGUUGAUAUGAAUGACAUCAAUAAUCCUCUUCGCCGGCCAAUCACUGCUGAUUCGGUGAUCAUGAAUCCUGCAACGAAAGUUCUAGCUUUAAAAUCAUCUCGCACUCUUCAAAUUUUCAACAUUGAAUUGAAAGCCAAGAUGAAAGCAUAUAAUAUGUCAGAAGAUGUGAUCUUUUGGAAAUGGAUUAAUGUCAAUACGAUUGCAUUAGUAUCGGAAAUUGCUGCAUACCAUUGGUCACUUCAAGGUGAUUCGCCUCCUGUAAAAAUAUUCGAAAGGCAUUCAACAUUAAGUGGAUUCCAGAUAAUCAAUUAUCGAGCAGAUGCGGAAUGUAAGUGGUUGUUGGUGAUUGGAAUUGCUGCAAAGGAUAAUCGUGUGGUUGGUGCAAUGCAAUUAUAUAGUACGGAGAGAAAGGUAUCACAACCAAUCGAAGGACAUGCAGCAUGCUUCGUGAGCUUUAAAAUUGAAGGGAAUCCACAUCCUAGCAAUUUAUUCUGCUUCUCCGUUCGAACCACGCAAGGUGGAAAGCUUCAUGUUAUCGAGAUAGGCAGUCCACCAACUGGUAAUCAACCAUUCCAAAAAAAGCAGGUAGAAGUGUAUUAUCCUGCCGAAGCUGCUACUGAUUUCCCGGUUGCAAUGCAGGCUUCAUCCAAACAUGGUAUCAUAUAUCUGGUAACCAAAUAUGGCUAUGUACAUUUAUAUGAUAUUGAGACAGCAGUAUGCAUUUAUAUGAAUCGAAUCUCAUCGGAGACUAUCUUCGUCACCGCCGAAUAUACUGCUACUGAGGGAAUAAUUGGCGUGAAUCGAAAAGGACAGGUCCUGUCAGUAAGUAUUGAUGAGCAGAAUAUGAUCCCAUACGUGACACAAACGUUGCAAAAUCCGGAGCUUGCUUUGAAAUUAGCAGUGCGUUGCGAUCUUCCAGGAGCUGAAGAAUUAUUUGUUCGUAAAUUCAAUCUACUUUUUGGUAAUGGAAACUAUGCUGAAGCUGCAAAAGUUGCUGCUACUGCUCCUCAGGGAAUUUUAAGAACACCGCAGACAAUCCAGAAGUUCCAGCAGUGUCCACAUAGCGGUGGCGGACCAAGCCCUCUACUCCAAUAUUUUGGGAUAUUACUUGAUCAAGGGCAACUGAACAAGUACGAAACAUUGGAGUUGUGCCGACCAGUGCUAGCGCAGGGGAGAAAACAACUGUUGGAGAAAUGGCUUACUGAGGGAAAACUUGAAUGCACUGAAGAAUUAGGAGAUUUGGUCCGUCCACAUGAUGUCAACGUUGCACUAUCUGUUUACCUUCGUGGUAACGUUCCUCAUAAGGUUGUCCAAUGCUUCGCCGAAACAGGACAAUUUGAUAAAAUUAUUUUGUAUGCUAAAAAAGUGAAUUUCGAGCCUGACUAUUUGUUCCAACUCCGACAAGUAUUACGCUCGAAUCCGGAGAUGGGAGCCAAAUUUGCACAGAUGCUUGUAUCGGAGGGUGAAAAUGACCCAUUGGCCGAUAUUAACCAGAUAGUCGGGUGUUUUGAAGAAGUUCAGGCAGUACAACCAUGUACAUCGUUCUUGCUUGAGGUAUUAAAAAAUGAUAAGGAGUCAGAGGGACAUCUUCAAACAAAAUUACUUGAAAUGAAUCUUCUUUAUGCUCCACAGGUUGCAGAUGCCAUAUUAGGUAAUCAGAUGUUCCAUCACUAUGAUCGUGCAGCGAUUGGACAGUUGUGUGAGAAAGCCGGUUUACUGCAACGAGCUUUGGAGCACUUCACUGACCUAUACGAUAUCAAAAGAACUGUUGUUCACACUCAGCAUCUUAAACCUGAUUGGUUGGUGAAUUAUUUUGGACAACUAUCAGUGGAAGAUUCAUUGGAAUGUUUAAAAGCGAUGCUACAAACAAAUAUGCGACAGAACUUGCAAAUUGUUGUCCAAAUAGCUACCAAAUACCAUGAACAACUUACCACCCACGCGCUCAUUGAUCUGUUUGAGUCGUUCAAAAGUUACGAAGGACUGUUCUAUUUCCUUGGUUCUAUUGUCAAUUUCUCGCAAGAUCCUGAAGUUCAUUUUAAAUAUAUACAGGCCGCUACUAGAACUGGACAAAUCAAAGAAGUGGAAAGAAUUUGUCGUGAAUCAAACUGCUAUGAAGCAGAACGAGUUAAGAAUUAUUUAAAAGAGGCUAAAUUAACAGACCAGUUACCUUUGAUCAUUGUAUGCGAUCGACAUGAUAUGGUACACGAUCUUGUCCUUUAUCUUUAUCGGAACAAUUUACAGAAGUAUAUCGAAGUAUUCGUUCAGAAGGUUAAUCCGGCACGACUACCUAUUGUUGUUGGUGGUUUGCUGGAUGUAGAUUGUUCGGAAGAUGCAAUCAAACAGCUCAUCAUAAAUACAAGAGGAAAAUUUGAUAUUGAUGAAUUGGUUGAAGAAGUCGAAAAGAGGAAUAGACUGAAACUAUUAGCUCCGUGGCUAGAGAUGCGCGUUCAAGAAGGAACUACUGAUCCAGCAACACAUAAUGCCCUUGCCAAAAUCUACAUUGAUGCCAAUAACAAUCCUGAAAGAUUUCUUCGUGAAAAUCCAUAUUAUGAUUCGCGGAUCGUCGGAAAAUAUUGUGAAAAAAGAGAUCCACACUUUGCUUGUCUCGCAUAUGAACGUGGUCAAUGUGAUGCCGAACUUGUUAAUGUAUGUAACGAGAAUUCGCUUUUUAAAAAUCUAGCACGUUAUCUAGUUAAGCGACGUGACUUUCCACUUUGGGCUCAAGUGUUGGCUGAAGAUAAUCAACAUAGAAGACAACUAAUUGAUCAGGCUUGUUUUCAAAUUUCUCUUAUAGGAAUUUCAGUAGUACAAACGGCUCUGUCGGAAACUCAAGAUCCAGAAGAUAUUUCGGCAACGGUGAAGGCUUUUAUGGCUGCUGAUUUGCCGAAUGAAUUAAUUGAGCUGUUGGAGAAAAUCGUCCUUGACAACUCUGUCUUUUCAGAGCAUAGGAAUCUUCAAAAUUUGCUUAUUCUGACAGCAAUUAAAGCAGACCGUUCACGUGUUAUGGAGUAUAUCCAGAAGUUGGACAAUUACGAUGCACCAGACAUCGCCAAUAUUGCUGUUUCUAAUCAAUUAUAUGAAGAAGCAUUUGCCAUUUUCAAAAAAUUUGAUGUCAAUACUGCAGCAGUUAAUGUGCUGAUUGAUAAUGUAUCCAAUUUGGACCGUGCUUACGAAUUUGCGGAGCGUUGUAACGAGCCUGGUGUUUGGGCAUCAUUGGCAAAAGCGCAGUUAAAGGAAGGUUUAGUAAAAGAAGCUGUGGAUUCAUUCAUUAAAGCGGAUGAUCCCACCGCAUAUAUGGAAGUCGUCAGCAAAUGUUCUGAAACUGGAAAUUGGGAAGAUCUGGUUCGAUAUUUGCAAAUGGCACGAAAAAAAUCGAGGGAAUCAUACAUAGAGACAGAACUCGUCUAUGCUUAUGCAAAAACAAAUCGCCUUGCUGAUCUAGAGGAAUUCAUUUCGGGGCCUAAUCAUGCUCAAAUUCAGCAAAUAGGUGAUCGAUGUUUUGAGAGUGGAAUGUAUGAAGCAGCCAAAAUUCUCCAUAACAAUAUAUCAAAUUUCGCCAAAUUGUCAGUUACACUUGUUCGGCUUAACGAAUUUCAAGGUGCAGUUGAUGCUGCUCGUAAAGCAAAUUCAACGAAAACAUGGAAGCAGGUUUGUUUUGCUUGUGUUGAUAACGAAGAAUUUCGUUUGGCACAGAUGUGCGGUCUUCAUAUCGUCGUACAUGCAGAUGAACUCGAAGAACUAAUCAAUUACUAUCAGGAACGAGGAUACUUUGAAGAAUUGAUUGGUCUGCUAGAGGCAGCAUUGGGUUUAGAAAGGGCACAUAUGGGAAUGUUUACUGAAUUGGCAAUUCUUUACAGUAAAUAUAAAGCAGAGAAAAUGCGCGAGCAUCUUGAACUGUUCUGGAGUCGAGUUAAUAUUCCAAAGGUUUUACGUGCUGCGGAGCAAGCUCAUCUGUGGUCCGAACUUGUCUUUCUGUAUGAUAAAUAUGAAGAAUACGACAACGCGGCUCAAACGAUGAUGCAUCAUCCGGCGGAAGCGUGGCGAGAGCAGCACUUUAAGGAAGUGAUCACUAAGGUAGCGAACAUAGAACUGUAUUAUAAGGCAAUGCAAUUCUAUCUGGAUUAUAAGCCGAUGCUGUUGAAUGACUUACUACUUGUGCUAACACCACGACUUGAUCAUUCGCGAACCGUAUCAUUCUUUGCUAAGUUGAAUCAGCUGCCUCUCGUAAAACCCUAUUUACGUCAAGUGCAAACUCAAAACAACAAGUCAGUAAACGAGGCUUUAAAUCAGGUGCUCAUCGAUGAAGAGGAUUAUGCUGGCCUACGGGCUUCUAUUGAUGCUUAUGAUAAUUUUGAUAAUAUUUCUUUGGCACAACAACUUGAGAAACACGAAUUGCUUGAAUUUAGACGCAUAUCUGCUUAUUUGUACAGAGGAAACAAUAGGUGGAAGCAAAGCGUCGAGCUCUGCAAGAAAGAUAAGUUAUACAAGGAUGCGAUGGAAUAUGCUGCGGAAUCUCGAAAACCUGAAAUAGCUGAAGAAUUGCUAGCUUAUUUCCUCGAAAAUAAGUUACAUGACUGCUUUGCAGCCUCACUUUAUCAAAUGUAUGAUUUAUUGCACCCAGAUGUUAUAUUGGAAUUAGCAUGGAAACAUAAGAUUAUGGACUUUGCGAUGCCUUAUAUGAUUCAAGUAAUGCGCGAUUAUCAUAGCAGGAUUGGAAAGUUGGAAAGAGCUGAAGCAGAGAGAAAAGAAGAGGUUCAAGGAAAUCAGCAACCGAAUGGAAGCAUAAUGGAACCACAGUUAAUGUUGACGUUUCCGGGAGGUGCACCGAUAGGUUCGGUCCCGCAAAUACCUGGAACAUAUGGUUCAGUGGUAUCUGGCGGUCCCUACGCUGGUGCUGCACCAACAACAAAUGCUUAUGGAACACCGAUGUAUCCAAGUGGUGGUUCGUAUGGUAUGUAG